GCAAGAAUCUCACCGUUCACCGUUGAGACUCAUGAAACAGCAUAUUUUGUUUGAGCGUGCUUAUCGCUGUCUAUAUUUUGUGUCAAUUUUCCAAUAAAUUCCUUUCAAGAUGAUGACCAUUGAGAGUGAAGGGGUGACCCCCACCUACAUGAAGUUAGCCCAGAUCAAAUUUUGUUUAGCCUUGCCUGAGUACGCAAAUGACAAAGCAUUGAAAGAGCAGCUCUUGCAAGGAAUCAAAGAAAACAAUAUGACUCCAUACUACAAGGAGGUGUGUGAGGAAUUUGGUUGGCCGGUAGACAACAGUCUUGUUGAACAAAUGACUGCAGCUAAUGCCAAAAAAAUGGAAGAGUUGGAAAAGGAACACGAUAAAAAUUUGAUGGAUGAAGAGGACCAAGUGAGCGGAAUUUGGCAAGCAAAGCUGGACUAUCUUUGCUCAAUUGGUGACAAGAAGGCUGCCACAGCACUAGCGGAAUCCAAACUGGAAGACGCAACCGUCCCAAAGAGCCAUCGAAUAGAAGCAGUUUUCACACUAUUCCGUAUCUCAUAUUUUCACAAUUGCAACAUUAAAGGCAUGAAGGUAGCGAUAGAAAAAGCAUCAGAACUAAUUGAGGGUAUUAGCGGUGGUGACUGGAGUGCCCGUAACAAACUCAAAGCGUAUGAAGGUGUUUGGAGCCUAGCGAUCAGGGACUUCUCAAAAGCAGCCAGCCUAUUCGUUGAUGUUGUGCCAACAUUUGAGUCUUACGAAUUGGCCGACUUUGGUACCAUCAUCCGAUACACAGUUCUAGCAUGCAUGAUCGCCCUUCCACGGCAAGAGCUGAAGAAGAAAUUGAUGCACCAUGGUGUAAUGGCUCAAGCUCUUCACCAGCAGUAUCAAGAUCUCAAAGAGUACUUCUCCUCGUUUUAUGAUGGCCGCUAUUCUGAUUUCCUUAUCUGCCUAGCUCGAGUUGAGCUGGAGAUGAAGCGUGACCCACUGCUGUUCCCGCAUGUCCGCCAUUAUAUCCAAGAAAUGAGAUUGAGAGCAUACAAACAAAUCCUGGCAGCAUAUCGAUCCCUGAGUUUAGACUACAUGGCAAAGUCGUUUGGUGUGUCAACUAACUUUAUUGAAGAUGAAGUUGCCAAGUUUGCAGCUGCGGGUAGGUUACAGUGCAAAAUUGACUCCGUCGCUGGAGCAGUAGUAACUAGUAAUUACAUUAGUGAUGCCCCUGAAGUAAGUUUAGAUAGGAAUAUCUUAUACCAGCAGACAGUCAAGAAAGGUGAUAUUUUACUAAAUCGUCUCAAGAAACUUGCUAGGGUUAUGGAUUUCUAAGUUUUUUGUAAAUAUGCUGAUCCUUUUUAUUUUGUAUUAGAAAAUCAAUUGUUCACAAUUACUAAUAAGAAAUGUGCAGAACCAGAAUGUAUAUUCAAAAUUCUUUGAAGAGCUUAAAAUGAAUACUGCCUUUUUAACGCUUUGAACUAUCUUUGUAAGACCCAAAAGAUCUUUGGUCCCCAAAAAUCUUACCUGUGCAAAAAGUGUUUGGUGGCACUUUACCCUUUCAGAUAUGAUCUGAUUGACAACUUAUAAGCCAUCCAGUCAAAAAUACCGUACUGAUUACAAUUGUGAAACAAGCAAAAGUUCAACAUUCUGGAGAAUUUUUUAUUGGAUUUCAUCAAGUUGUCCAAUCAUUGAACUGUUUCCGGUGAGCGUUGCUCCAUUUUGCUGAAAGCUCUGAAAGCACCUCUUUGUUUGAAAAGACAUGUGAUGGAACACCACCAGCCGUAAAGGUUUAUUUAUAUCUCACCGGUCACGCUAGAAUGACCCUUUAUGAUUUACAGCUGACCAAAGAUCCUUUUUUCCCUCAAUUACUCGAAUAAGGCAGCUAUUCAGCAAAAAUCUUGAUAUUCAUUCAGCGAAAGAUAAUCCUGUAACAAAACUUAGAACAGCCUAAUAGUAAAUUCUAAGGUUUUGAGUAUGCCAAGUCAUCAAUUUUUCUGCCAACAUUUGAAUUGUUAUUUUUCAUGGCUUUUUUAGGAAUAUUUUCGUCCAUCAAAUAACAGUUCUCUUCUCGUUUCUAACAAUGAAAGUCUCGUCAGGUUUUUUCUCCUGCAUUUUUUGUACAAUUUCAACUAAUAUUUUUUUAAAUUUCUAAUUGUUUGAUUCAAAUGAGGCAAAUUAACUUUACUUAAAUAACGAUCAACAAGAGAAAGUUCAUGGGCGAUCGUCAAUGUUUCUUUUAAUGUUAAUUUUGUAAACAUAUUAUGUACUUUUGUAACAGUGUACUCUCAAAUUUUGAUUCAAAAUUAGUAUACCCAUGAAAAUCUAAGCGAUUUCAUGAUAGGAGAAAGAAAAAAAAUGAAUCUUAUAUCAUGUUAUACAAAGCGAUAUCAACUUGAAUACCUUUUUUACAGCAUCUUUUCAGUUAUUUAAUCCUCUAGUGUUGAUUAUGUAUCUCACAGGCUCAACAGCCACAAGCAUUGAUUUUGCAUGAAAUCACUCGUCUUUCUUAAAAAUCUGUUUUACAUGUUCUUUCACAUCGAGUAUAUUACUCAGAAUCGGAAAAGUCAGUCUGCUCUCAUUUUUCAAAUUUAAAUAAAUAAAAUUUUCAUUUUGUAAUCCUA